UGCUUCCGGUUCCAGUCGUUCACACGAUCGCGCAUCUGCUUGAUCGCUUGUUCAACCUAUCACAUGGUUGCGCGUUCGCUCACUUGCUCGAUUGCCACUUCUUCUACAACAACUGGCGUGCAAAAGCCCGUCCACAUGGCGGAGGCACAUAGUGGAGUCUCCUCAGACCCUCAAUCGCUACCAGCAUAAGAUAUUGAAAACAGCGACCCCCGGGCUCCAAAGAGAGAGAGAGAGAGAGAAGCCGUGCACGUCAGAGGUGCAUUGGCAAAAGGAGAAUGACUGCGACCGGCGAUGCGCAGCCUCCAGCGUCGCUGGCUCCGUUCACAUGGAAAGUUUACAAAUCUCUCUUGUUGUAGUUGUUUCUCCCCGCGGCGCGAGCUCGGGAAAAAAGCUGGUCAUAAGCAACUCCUCGGCGCGUCAGCGCUCCACGAGAAUGUCACGAAGUUCGGCCCGCAAGUGCGAGCGACAUCUGACGAGGAGAAAGAGGAGGAGGAGGAGGAAAGGAGGACAAAGGAGAGAGUAGGAACGGCCAGGGCAUCGGGGCGCGCCCGGGCGCUCUCUUCAAGGCAGCGGGGCGCCCCCAGAAUCUGGAGGUCCCUGCCUCCAGGAGGGGCCCUCCUCCCGUAAGGCGGCCCCCUGGUGGGCCAACUCCCCCAGUGCGCGCUGCCAAUCAUUGCGCCCCGCUCCCCAGCCCACCCAGUGUCC